AUAUGCAAUUUCUUAUACCACAUAUACGUCACAAAUUAAACAGAACAUCAAAUUUUCAUAACAAACAACUUCAAAUCUCUCCUGCGUCUUUGGGUUCUCCUUCAAACUUGGCUUCUCCUUCAAACAGUGGAAAUUCGGUUCUUAAAUCAGCCAGAGAAACAGAUAAAAACACAAUCAAAUGUACUGCAAUUGAAUCAUUGCCUUUGCAGAAUGCAGACUUUAUAUUACCUGAAAAUCCAAGUUCUGCAUCGCUCCUCACGCAAACACCAAGUAGUGAAAUAAUAGUGGUUUCUACAAAUGAUUCUUCACAUCUUGAAACAUUGUCAUCAAGCAGCUGUGAACAAAUAAAAUCUAUGUCUACUAACGAAAGUGAAAGUAAGAAAUAUUCAUUUAGCAUGAAGUCUAAACGCAAAGUUCCUACAACAGAUAAAUUUUACACGAAAAGGAAGAAGGAACUUGAAUCUUGCUCAGCUCGUAUGUCAGAAGCAUCUGAGUGUAUGAAGGAAACACUUACCGCAGUAACACAAUCCUUGAAAGAGCCAAGUGAAA